UUCUUUCAAGAAUUCAAACAAAAGAAGUCUUCUUAGAGCUCGAAUCCCAGUAAGAAUGUGGUAAUUUUCUGAGAUCAAUGGUGCUCAAUGGCAAGGCUGAUGAAUCAGAAACGAAUUCGGCUUUAGAAUUGGUUGAUUCUGGGAAAGGAAUAAGUUGUCUGGGAACUCCUCGCGUUGUAUCGGUUGUUUCAUCUGUUCUUGAGAGAGCAAUUCAGAAGAACGAGAGUUUGCUUCAGGCGUCCAAAAAGAAGGAUGUUGUUGCCAUAUUUCACGGCUCAAGAGUUCCCAGCUUGAGCAUCAGACAAUAUAUUGAACGCAUAUUUAAGUACUCAAGCUGCAGCCCUUCUUGCUUUGUCGUUGCAUAUAUAUACAUCGAUCGAUUCCUUCAACAACUCAACGCCUACCUUACAAGCCUCAACGUUCAUCGCCUUCUGAUUACCAGUAUCAUGAUUGCUGCAAAAUUCAUAGAUGACGAGUGUUACAACAAUGCUUAUUUCGUCAAGAUCGGAGGGGUGAGCACCACAGAAAUGAACAGACUGGAGAUAAGUUUCUUGUUUACUCUGGAGUUUAGGCUUCAUGUCACUGCAAAGGUCUUCAGGAAGUACUGUUUACAUCUGGAGAAAGGAGCUGCAGAAUACGAGAACAUGUCCCCAACCCAGUCGGAAAAAUGAUGGCCAAACAAAGAUGAGAACUAAGCCUACAACAGCAGCAGCAGUUGCCUUCUGUGUAAAGUUUCUGCAUGUCCCUGGGGCAUCAAUAUAUCACAGCACCCAGAUUCCAGUACAGGAAAAAUGUCUGAAAUAAUGUAAAACAAUGAACUAUAUAUAGAAAAAAAUUGCCUGCUCA